AGUUACUUUUAUAAAUACUAAACCAGGUUCGCUUCUUAAUAAACAGACACCACACAAACUGUUUGGUAGACCAGUUCAAAACUUUACUUAACAUCGGCCGAUGGAAGGGAGCGAGAAUUCCAGUCAAGUGCCAACACAGACACUUGACUGUGCUCAGCCACCUUCUCUGAACAACAGAAUUACAUUGCCUUAAAUAGGGUUUUUUUGUCCCCUUAGCACAUUCCACAGACAUUAGUCAUGGUCAGAGGUACAGGAAAAGGUUUCCACAGAAUGCAUCACAUCAAACCUUUUGUUUACAUGGUACAAGAUAUACUAAAAACAUUGGCCAUUUGCUUUAGGUCAUUUUAUCUCCAAAUAGACCACCCUAGCUCUUUUCGCUGCUUCCUCUGUCAUUUGGUCCCUCAUAAACAUAGGUCAUUUGUUUACAAAGAUGUGACUAGCUAUGUCUCUCUUCCUCUGUCACUUCCUCACUUGGGAGACAAUGUUAUAGGAUUUAUUAUCUCACACACACCGCAACCUAAGGCAAGCCUAAUUUGACACUAAAUAUAAGCUGUAAGCUAGCCCAGAAACCAAUUUAAUAUCUUCUUAUAUUUUUAACUAAAACUCGGCUUCAUCAUUUUCAAUAAGAUUCCCUCUCAUCCUAUCCUAACACCACUAUCGUAUCUGCCUCCAGCACCAUCCCUGGCAGCGAGUUCUAGGCGCUGCCAGGGGUAAAACAAACCUGCCCCGCACAUCUCCUUUAAACUUUGCCCCUCUCACCUUAAAGCUGUGCCCUCUAGUCUUUGACAUCUCCACCCUGGGGGCAAAAAGGUUCUGGCUGUCUACCCUAUGUAUAUAAGCCUCUCAUAACUUUAUAUGCUUCUAUCAGGUCUUCUCUCAGCUUCUAAUGUUCCAAGGAAUGCAAUCUAAGUUUCUUCAACCUCUCAUUGUAGCUUGUACCCCCUAACUAGCCUCCACUAUCUUACUGUAAUGGGAGCCACCGGAAGUGUACACAAUACUGAUUGGGGAUGAUCAGCCAUGAUCACAUUGAAUGGCGGUGCUGGCUCGAAGGGCUGAAUGACCUACUCCUGCACCUAUUGUCUAAUACUCCAAAUGCAGUUGAACCACAGUUUAGAGGUGCAACAUGACUUUACAGCAACAAGAAUACUAUUUGGCCCAUCGAGUCCAUGCUAGCCCAAUGUGAGAAUGCCCCAUUUUGCCUGAAACGUCACCUAUCCAUGUUCUCCACAGAUGCUGCCUGACCCGCUGAGUUACUCCAGCACUCUGUGAAACGUCACCUAUCCAUGUUCUCCACAGAUGCUGCCUGACCCGCUGAGUUACUCCAGCACUCUGUGAAACGUCACCUAUCCAUGUUCUCCACAGAUGCUGCCUGACCCGCUGAGUUACUCCAGCACUCUGUGAAACGUCACCUAUCCAUGUUCUCCACAGAUGCUGCCUGACCCGCUGAGUUACUCCAGCACUCUGUGAAACGUCACCUAUCCAUGUUUCUCCACAGACGCUGCCUGACCCGCUGAGUUACUCCAGCACUUUGGGUCUUUUUUUUUUUGUAAACCAGCAUCUGCAGUUCCUUGUGUCUAUAACAAUAUUCCACACCAUUUUUUUGCUUUCAUAAUUUCUUUCUGCAGUUUUCUCCUGCGUCCUCUAAAUUCUCACGGGAUUGUCGUAGAUGUUAAUUGCCAAUUAUUUUUAAUUGCACAGUCUGAAGAAGGGUCUCGACCCGAAACGUCACCCAUUCCUUCUCUCCAGAGAUGCUGCCCGUCCCGCUGAGUUACUCCAGCAUGAUGCGUCUACUUUUAAUUGCAUCUUAUUAUAUCCAAUCCUCCUUCACUUGAUAUUUGUGUCCAUUUCUAAUGUUCCUAUUGCACACAACAUGCAUCACAGGAAGAGGCCCUUCAGCCCACAAAGGCCAUGCACUCUGGACCCAUAACCUUCUGCAGUUGAACAGAGCCCUUGUGAGACCACAUCUGGAGUAUUGUGUGCAGUUUUGGUCCCCUAAUUUGAGGAAGGACGUUCUUGUUAUUGAGGGAGUGCAGCGUAGGUUUACAUGGUUCAUUCCCGGGAUGGCGGGACUGUCAUAUGCGGAGAGAAUGAAGCUCUCUCCCUCUGCCUCUCUGUGUCUCUCUCUGUCUCUGUCUCUGCCUCUCCCUGUCUCUCUGUCUCCCUCUGUCUCUCCCUGUCUGCUGUGUGUGUGUGUGUGUGUCGGCUCGCUGCGCUGCGCUGCGCUGCGCUGCUCCGCCCCGGAUCCUUCCUUGCCUUGCACCGCUCUAUAAUCUUUGUUGAACCGCCUUGUCCAUGUUUCCGGGCCCGGGUGAAGCUACAACGGGAAGACAGACAAGAGGCAGAGAUCCCAUAACGAGCUAAAGGAUCUUUGGCCAGAGCUGGCUGGACAUCCACCCCUGCAGCAGGUAAUGUCGGUGCACGGUGGUCACGGCACGAGGACCGGUCGCCGCCAACGCCAAGAGGAGGGGAAGGAGGAGGAGGAGGAGGACCCGGUGGACCGGAUGAUCGCCAAGACGGGCUGCGGCCACUUGCACCAUGCGCUGCAGGACUGCAUGGCCCAGCAUCAGGACUGGCGGCAAUGCCAAUCUCUCGUGCAGGACUUCAAACGGUGCAUGGAGGGGCAGCGGAGGGAGCGCGGACCGCCCGGGGCAUCUGCCCCUUGAAGAACGAAGGCCCCCCCUCCCUCCCUCCCUCCAUCCUUCC